GGUGUGACCCUGGAAAUCAACAAGGCUUAUCUCUUCACGGGCAGGCUGAAUACUGAUGGCAGGAUGCAUUUAGUCAUGUGUGACUUUAUUCAGUACUGGGAGGACUUGAAUGGCACACAAAAGAAGAGCUUGACUCAACGCUACCAAAGCGGCUGCGAUUGCACGAUCAUCCGCUGCUCUUCCCUCCCCUGUCCCGUCAGCGCCCCAGAUGAGUGCCUUUGGACAGACUGGUUGUUGGCCGAUGGCCAAAGCGGACCCCAGGCCAAGUACUCUGCCUGUCUCAAGAGGCGUGAUGGGUCCUGUUCCUGGUACAGGGGGAUGGCUCCAUCCAAGAAGUAGUUCCUGGAUAUUGAAGACUCCUUAACUCUACAGGCCAUCCACUCACUGCUCAGUGGCUAAAUAUGCCUGCAAUUUAAAAGCUGGUCACUUCUUGUGCAAUAAAAAUAAACUACUCCUCAAAUAUA